AUGGGGGCAGAAACUUCCAAGAUGGUGGACGACAGCGUCCCUCCGGCCAUUUUGGAGAAACGCAGCAUCGACGGCGUCGUGAAAUACAUCAAAGAGAAGAAAGCCUGCAAGAUAGUAGUCAUGACUGGUGCUGGCAUCAGUACUUCUGCUGGCAUCCCCGACUUCCGCUCGCCAGACACUGGCAUCUACGCCAACCUGGCGCGCCUCGAGCUGCCGCGCCCUCAAGCUGUGUUUGAUAUAUCUUAUUUCCGCCAGAACCCUCAUCCGUUCUACGCGUUGGCAAGGGAGAUGUUCCCGGGCAAGUUUCGGCCAACGAUCACUCACUCGUUUAUCAGACUGCUCCACGACAAAGGGUUGCUUCUGAAACUGUUUACCCAGAACAUCGACUGUCUGGAAAGGAAAGCUGGUGUUCCCGGAGAUAUGAUCAUCGAGGCACACGGUAGCUUUGCAACCCAUAGCUGUAUAGACUGUAAGGCUUCCUACCCCGACGACCUGAUGGCCAAGGCGAUUGCGUCCAGCGAUAUACCAUCGUGCACUGAGUGCAAGGGGCUCGUCAAGCCGGACAUCGUCUUCUUCGGAGAAGCUUUGCCUGAAAACUUCUUCGCCAAUCGAGAUGUGCCCGCGCAAGCAGACCUAUGUAUCGUCAUGGGCACGAGUCUGAGUGUGCAGCCGUUUGCUAGUUUACCGAGCCUGUGUCGAGAGGAGACCCCGCGUGUCCUGGUCAACCUUGAGCAGGCUGGCUCUUUGGGGUCUCGGGCAGACGAUGUGUUGAUUCUGGGAGACUGUGAUAGUGGAGUCCGUCGCCUGGCCGAGGCGCUCGGGUGGCUGGAAGAGCUAGAGAAGCUCUGGGCGGAAACCUGCCCAGAGAAGGACAAGCAGGGCCAUGAGCAACGAAAGGAGCCGGAAACCCAAGACGAGCGCCUUCACGACGAGGUUGACCGCCUCUCGGCAGAGGUAGAGUCGGCCCUGAAAGCGUCUCGCGACCACGAGACACGGACAAAGGCCCAACUAGAGGCACUACAGGAAAAGGAAGAAAACCAGAAGCUAGAGAAGCCUGCCACAGAGGGAGAUAAACCACCGGAAGACCAGUUGGCUCAAUCAAUGGCCAAUCUUGAAGUAUCCUCGAAGGAAGACAAGCCGAGGCUGGUCGACACAAAGGAUUGA